UACAGUUGAAUGAAUUCAUCAUCCAGACGGCAACAGGUGUUUCAAACACACAGGCGACCAAAUCGUGGAUGUGAUGCAGGAUUUCGAGCUUAAAAAUUAUGCGUAGAAAAGUUUAAAGAAGUUUGUGCGGCAGAGGUGAAAAGGUGCUCCAUGUGAAACCUGUUAGGAGAGACCGCGAGCUGCCAAAGAGGACCAUCAUGAAGCGGAACAAGCAGAUUGACAUCAAGCGUGCCCUCGCUCUGGCAGGCAGCUUUAACUUCCUGUACUGCUGUGCCAGAGCCUGCCUGCUCCCCUUCCUCACCCUGUACUUCAGACAGCUGGGUCUGACUCCUGCCAUGACAGGCAUCGUCAUGGGAACCAAACACCUCAUAACGCUGGUGUGGGGCCCCGUGGCGAGCCUGCUCUCCAAACACUACAACAAGAGGCGAGCGGUGAUAAACUGCUCUCUUGUGGGUUCGGUGGCGGUUGCUCUGGUUCUGCUGCUUAUCCCGCCCACAGAUGUGCGCACGCAGACCAGCACCUGCAACGCGUCUGAUCUGAGCAGCGGUCCGAGCCAAAGUCUGGGCGGUAACCAGCUCAUGGGUAGCGUCACAGCUCCUCCCCAGUCUGGUGCCUCUUUUCCUGCAAAGACACCUCCUGAUACUGAGCCUGCCUCUGCUGCGACGAGCAAAACUCAUUACGAUGAAGAUAAAUCCCAUCGUCAGCUGUCACAAGGGAAUCAGAUCAAUGGUUCCGUCAUGCACCAGACCACCGACUCUGUGGCAGCUCCAGUGAGGAACAAGAGGUCUGACUUCAAGCCAGGCUCAGGAGAGCAGCUGAGAGAGAAGACGAUGGAGGAGGAAAGGAUGGAGGGCUACUUUGACUUCCUGGGCAGCCUCAAGGUGAUGGACCCUCAGCACCAGCUCUUCUUCUUGGUGCUCAUCGCCGUGUCUGUGUGGGAGUCUGCGUCAGCCCCUCUGGAGUGGACGGCAGACGACGGCCUGUACGAAUAUCUAGACUAUGCGGAUGCUUCGGACCGCUACAGCAGCACCGGGGUGUGGGGUUUACUCGGAGCAGUGUUUGGGGUUGGGGGAGCAGGCUUGCUGGUCAGCCAGCUGAGCUGUCUUAUUGCUGAUAAGACCCCCAGGAGCGCCGUGCAUUUCUACUGCUAUGCUGGCGGGGCAGCUCUGGCCCUGCCUUUGGCCACCCACCUCCCUCUGUACCUGAAUAGGAAGCGGGACAGAGCCAACGGGCUCCUCAAAGCCAUGCAGCUGGUGCGCGGCUCCCCCCGCGCCCUGCUCUGCGCGGUCACCACCCUGCUGGUCGGGGUAACCGGCUCGGCCGUGGAUAACUUCCUCCUGUGGCAGAUGCAGGAUCACGGGAGCGGCGAGCUGCACAUGGGACUGUCUCUAGCCCUCGCUCUGCUCUCACAGACCGCCUUCCCUCUGCUGGCUGGCCGAGUGUCCAGGCUCCUCAGCCCGGGAAGGGUGCUCACUGUGGGGGCUGCGUGUCUCGGGUUGCAGUGCUUCUAUUACUCCUUCCUCUGGGGGCCAUGGGCUGCGCUGCCUGCUCAGGUGUUGAGCUGUUUCAGCAGUGGAGCCCUCUGGUGGGCCGUGAAGGUCCAGUGUGAGGACGUGGCCACGCCGGGGGCUGAGAGGAGUGUGAGGAGGAUCUACGGUACGCUCUCUCUACACCUGGGGAGCGGGUUGGGCAGCUUUGCGGGAGGCUUCGCUGUCCAGAGGUUCGGGCUGCCGUGGAUGUUCAGAGGAGCGGCGGUGGGCCUGAUGCUGUGGUGUGUGUGUCUGCCUCUGCUCCAGUGGAAAGCCCCUCGCCAGCGCAGGAUUAACUACUCUCGCCUUUUGGCGGCUGAUGCAAGUGAAGCCAGUGACUCUGAGUCUGAGCAGGAGAGAGACUGGCUUGACAAAGCGAUGGAAGACGAUAGAGGCAACAACAACUAUGGACGGAGGAUAAACCACUGAACUGAACCGUGUGGACAGAAAAUCAAAAUCAAAUCAUAGAAUAAUUUCCAUCAAUAUGGAAAUAAGUAGGGACGUUCCCCACCAGGUUUGCACUCUCAGUUACAGACACAUCACUCUCUGUUUUCAUGUAGCAUAGCCCACAGUGGGACCAUGAUCUCACACUCUGACAGGUUUAAUUCAAGUCUAAGUGUUGACUUAGAUUUCACAUUACUGCAUUUUUCCACCAGCGUUCAUUACUGUGCAUCCAGUCUUUCUCUCCACUUCAUCAGCCUGCAGCUAAAGUGUCAGCCGUACUGACGGACUUCAUCUCCGGACCACUUGAGCCGUUACAAAUGUACAUUUGCAUAAGCAAUCUUUUUUUUUUUAACAAAGCAAACAAGGUAGCAGGAUCAUGGCUGGGCAGGAGACGGACUCCAGCAGGCAGCUUCAUUAUGGGCAUCAGCAGAAACACUGAAGCCUCUGGCUAAGAGUGCAAACACAAGACGUGUGCACAAGGUGAGGCUAAACUAGACCGGCAAGCGGUUGCACCCCGCCCAGCGUGUUUAUCUGCUGCUGAAGUCACCACAGACUGCUGUCAGUGUUGGCUUGUUCUGGACUCUAACCUAUGUGAGCUGAUGAGCCCUGAGUUGUGCUUAUUGAGCAGGUCAGCACGUUGAGGCUGACCUCUGCAGCCUGAGUUGUAAGGGUGCAGAUUUCAGCAGAUGCAUGCAGAGCGUUUAGAGGACGUCCUCGUUUGCUUAUGUGUCAGAAAUUGUUUGUCUAAAGUGAGUUUGCUCAACACACCUCAUGUCAAAUAGUCCAUUUCGACCUGUCAGGAAACGUCUUUAGUCUGCACUUCAGACACACUCUGCCCCCCCAAAAAGGUCAAAUUAGUACUGAAACAAAAGACUUCCUGAUGUCAUUUUCUUUUGUCCAUUAAGUUUCUGUAUGUCUCUGUUGUAUUUGAAGUUGUCAACCUGUUGCAGACCUGAGUACUGUGAGAGCAAACUAAUCAUGCUCAAACAUUAGCUCCUCCUGAGUAUUUGUAAUAAAUAUUCUUUAUGCCACUUAUACUUCCUAUGCAACAUGCAGCCAGAAUAAACACUUGCUUUAGAUCCAAAUCAUGUAAUUCCAGAGAAACACCUUCAUGAUGCAUGAACACAUCUUUUAAUAUUCUUCUUCUUCUGUCAUAUAAUCUGAAUGACAAACUCUUUUUUUCUUCUUCUGUGGCUUGUGGCAGGGGUGUUAACGGCCUGCCUGCCUCUUCGCACACACACAGCUGAGGAAGAAAUGAAUGAAUAGACGUGGCCGUCACUGGGUGAGGGACACGGCUCAGUGCGUGCAGACAUAUACACUCCCCGAACAUCUGCCGGGGGCCCUCAGGGGCCGGCCCGCAUGAAAUCAAGUCAUCCCCACAGCUGAGCUCAGUCAGGCGCGAUGGAAAAUUGAUGACGAAAGACAGCUCGAUGCUCCCGUGGAGAGCCCCGCUGUAGUGGUUAGAGCACUGCGGACCGUUAAAAAGGCAGAUGUCCGUGAUUUAAAUCCUUUUUGUCUUUUAUAUUGUUUGUUAAAUAGCAUAUAGGAGGGGUGGCUUAGUUUUUUUUAAAGAUGAUUGAUUUUCACGUGCAGUUUUCUGCUUUGAGUCUCAGAUGUUGACAGAUGCUCCUCUUUUUUUUAAUCCCAUCUCUAAAUGAAACGUAAAGGUUAAUAUCAUCUCUUUGGGAAGCUAAUGCAGUUACGACUGGUCAGCUUCCCUUAAUGGAUUCAAAGGCAGUGGUGGAAUGUAAUCAAGUACAUUUACUCCAACACUGUAUUCCAGGUACUUGCAGUAUUGAACUUGUUGCUCCACUUUAUUUCCUGACAGACAGAGAAUUUUUCAUGCCUUUCCUUGUCAAGUAAAAACCAUGUAUCUCCAAAUUUGUUGAUGUCUGAUCCCCUGAAGGAUGAAGUGUUCCUCUAUGGGUUGAGAAAAUUCUCCCACUUCUCUAGCUAAAUAAACCAGUUAAAACCCCUCAUGGAUUAGUUGGAAGAUGCAUCGUCUCAAAGCAGAAAACGAGCUUCUCACAGGACAGGGACGCCACAAACAUAUGACGAUCUUAUAGAAUAUGAUGCAUUGCUGUAGCUCAAACUACCCAGCAGUACUACAGUAGUUAAAAUGAAUCCCACCUUGAACAGCUGCAGCAGCAGAAUGAACACACACACACAGGCACACAGCAGCAGUCACGGUUCCGUGGCUGUGCGUCAUAGCGCGGGUGUGACAGCAGGUGGCGCCUCGCCGCACAGCUCAGCUCCCUCAGCUCCUCCGUGCAGACUCCUCUGCAGCGCUCCGCUCCGCAUCUGUCCGCUGCAUGGACUCACUCGGUACCUUCAACAGUCAUUUUCAGGCUGCACGAACAUUUCUGUCGCUCAGCGUCUGAAAAGAGGAGGAUUAUGGACAAAGAGGGAAAAUCCUCUAAACAGUACGGCGCUUUGGAAAAGACGCGUGUGGACGGAGGGACGGAGAAAUCAAGUGAGUUUUGAGAAGCGUCCGCUGCACACGUUUUGCCUUUAAAUGUGACUGGAUGCGUGUUUGAAUAGUGUGGAAAGAAAAAGAGUCAAAUUGCAUCAAGGUGUUCAGUGUUAAGUUAUCUCAGGUCAGUGGGGGACUUGUAGCCCCCAGUAAUUUCAGUAUACUUUUGUUCCAGAGUUUUCCUACAUGUACUGAUGGUCUAAAUAUUGUGUUAUAUAUAACAGUGGCUUUCUCAUUUGUUCUUAAUCAUAUAAUGAUUCACAAUAUUCAGAUGAUCCUUUUAAUUUAUUCCAAACAGGGCUGCAACUGCUUGUCUGCAAAAUAGCAGAAAACUGUGAUGUCACAAUUUCCUCGCAAUGUGACGUCAUGACAUUACUUGUUUUGUCCAACCAAUGGUCCAAAAUACACAGACAUUCAGCUUCCUGUCACACAAGACAAAGACAAAGCAGCUUGUACUCAGGAAACUGGACCUGGAGUGUCUGGCAUGUUUGCUUGAAACGUGAUUGAAACAUCCAAAUAGUUGUAAAUUCUUUUUCUGACAAUCAACAAUCGACUAAUUACUGCGAUUUCAAUGACUUGUUCCAUGUGGAGAGUCUUAGAGUCAGUGUGCAGCAGCAGCUCAGCUGAACAUGUAGUUAGUCAGGGGGCAUAAAAUUCAACAUAUAUACAGAAUUAAGAUCCAAGUAAUGAAUGAGAAUGAAUUUGCUUAUGUUGUUUUGUUUUUUGUCUGUUUAUUUGUUUAUUUGUUUGAGGCUAUACCCAUUCGUAGCAAAUUACAUUGUUUUCAACAGGAAAAUUAAUUGGAAACAUCUUUUAUCUUUAGCUUGGUUGUGAGAUUGUUGCUCAAGGCUAAGUUCUUGGUUCCCUGUUGUUCCUACUGUACAAGCUUUUCCUUCUCCUGCUGUAAUCAUCAUCAUCAUCAUCAUCUUCUGUGCAAGGUUUUAUUACGAGGGCACACACAGGCACAAAGUCAUUUUGUUUAAUUGCUUUCUACAUGAGCUGCUGCCUCUCAGAGAGCCUUCAGGGUGUGACAGUAUCACUCACAGCUGUAUUCUGCUGAUGUAUUUCUAUCUGCACAAACCUGCUGGAUAA